GGUUGUUUCCGUUUCAUUACAGGACCGUCAUGUUACGUCUUUGGAUCAUCGCAGCCUGUGCGGCUACAGCCGUAUUCGCCGAAGUAGACAGAUUCGACAAUUACAAGGUGUUCGCUGUAACUCCCAACACCACAGCUCAUUUGGAUUUACUUAGGGAACUCGGUGAAACUGAAAACGGCUUUGAUCUAUGGAACAAUCCAGCUCGUCUGAAUGCACCGGUUCACAUUAUGGUGCCACCGCAUCGGCUUUACGAAUUCGAAGAAUACAUGGACGUAGUGGGCGCCCAUUACACGACCUACAUUGAAGACGUGCAGAAAUUAAUAGACGCUGAGAAAGGCCCGUUGCAGUUACGGGACGGCAGUUUCGGGUGGACGAGCUAUUAUACUUUGAAUGAAAUCUACGAAUGGCUGGAAUCCUUGGCCGUCAAAUAUCCGGAAAACGUCGAAGUGGUGGUGGCUGGCUCGACCUACGAGGGUCGUGAAAUAAAGGGCAUCAAAAUAUCAUUUGGGUCCGACAAUCCUGGGAUCUUCAUCGAAGGUGGAAUCCACGCUCGUGAAUGGAUUUCACCAGCAACCGUGACGUAUAUCAUCAACGAACUUUUGACUAGCACAGAUCCCGACGUCAGAGAAUUGGCUGAUCGCCAUGACUGGUACAUUUUUCCCGUUUUCAAUCCAGACGGUUACGUGCACACACAUGACAGUAGCCGUUUGUGGCGCAAGACGCGAUCCCGAGUGAGCGCCUUAUGCCGUGGAGCUGAUCCGAAUAGAAAUUGGGGAUUCCAGUGGAACACCGGUGGCGCGAGCAGCCUGCCCUGCGUGGACACGUACGCUGGUUCAGCACCUUUUUCUGAAAUUGAAACCAAAUCCGCAUCCGAGUACAUAGACUCUAUUAGCGAUAAAUUCUACGCGUACAUAUCGUUUCACAGUUACACCCAGUUGUUACUCAUACCAUACGGACACUCCACGGAGCAUUUAGACAACUACGACGAAUUGUUGGAGAUUGGACUCAUUGCUGCGGAUGCUCUCCAACAGAGAUACGGAACAACGUACACGGUCGGAAAUAUUGCCGAAACUAUUUAUGUUGCCACUGGAGCAUCCGUAGACUGGGUUAAGGCCACGUACAAUACGCCCAUCACCUACAUUUACGAAUUGAGGGAUCUUGGCCAAUGGGGAUUCCUUUUACCCGCCUCGCAAAUUAUACCCACUGGGGAAGAAACUCUGGACUCACUCGUGGCGAUGUUCAAGGCUGCCAAGGCACGUGGACACGGUGUAUAAAUUUGAUGGAAGAAAGUUAGCAGGUCACUACUGCCACUUUUGAAACGUUAACGUCUUGAACAUACUUUAAUUUUGACUUCCCGAUUGGAAGAUGGGUUUUUUUUAUAUUCACCAAAAGCCAGAAAUCCUGUAGUACUGAACUUUGUACUGGCAUUGUUCGCUCUGUAUCUCACUACUCGAACAUCAUAUUUAUUGUAAAUAAGCACUCGUGUGUGUGAGAAUAUUUGCAAAUUAAAUGGCACUUGUGAUUUAAAAUUUUA